ACCGGAGCUCGGCUCCUCGCAGUCGCGCACCACACGCCGCUCUCGGCGCGCGUUCCGUUGCAUCACUGCACUCCGACACGAGCACGUCCACCACCGGAACACUACUCCCUUAUUAUAUCAUUUCACCGAUACGGACGACACUGGCCCCGGAGCGUAUAACCACCUGUAAUCGGGAAAUAAAGGUGCGUGCCACAAAUGAUUGUCGCUAAUUAAGCUGAUCGGCAGCAGGCACCCAAAUAAUUGGCGUGGAGGAAGCGCACGAAGCGCAGCCCGCGACGGGCGCCCCUUCAAUUAGUGGCACCUGUCGGACACGCGCCGCGCAUUCAUUCGCACUCGCAUAAAUGCACCCGCAAAAAAUUCCAAAAUAAACUGGAACCGAUGCACCUGCGGCAAUCAGCGGCCGACGCGGACCAGAACAAGUGUGUGAGCUGGGUACACGAGCAACUACAGCCGGGAUCGAGAGCCUCCAAGCUUCUGGAGAUAUGAUCAUGCUAUUCAAAGGCAACAGCAGUCGUCUGGAGCAUCUUAUUGAGAAGAUCCAGGCGAAUAAAGAAAAUCACGACGUCACAUCAGAGGAUUUAAAAGAGGCGCUGGGCAGCGUGGGCAGCACGGCGGGCAGCUCUUGGCCGUCGUCGACGCCGGAGCCCUCGCCCUCGCCCGCCUCCACGCCCACCUCGGCCGACGCCGCCGACGCCGAGGCCGAGCCACCCUUCACGCUCGGCGCCACCGAGCACACCCCCUACCAGUGCCAGUUCUGCGACAAGGCCUUCCCGAGGCUCUCUUAUCUUAAAAAACAUGAACAGACCCAUUCGGAUCAGAUGCCAUUCAGGUGCGAGUUCUGCUCACGACUGUUCAAGCACAAACGUUCUCGAGAUCGCCACGUCAAACUGCACACGGGGGACCGCAAGUACCGCUGUGCACACUGCGAGUCUGCUUUCUCCAGAAGCGACCAUUUAAAAAUCCACAUGAAGACGCAUGACAAUCAGAAGCCGUUCCAGUGUACGGUUUGCAACCGCGGGUACAACACGGCGGCUGCUCUGACGUCACACAUGCAGGGUCAUAAACGAGACCGGGAGGGCCGCGAGCCCGACCGACGCAGAGCCCUGCGCUGUCUGCGCUGCGGGGACGCGUUCCGACGACCUGACCUGCUGCAGGCACACAUGGUGAGCGCGCACGGUGUUGACACUGCAGCAAUGACUCCCCCACGACGCGUUGCUUCACAACCACCACCCACACUUCUCGCCUGCAUCUACUGCACUCGCGAUACUUUCACCAGUAUGGAACAACUACAAUUACACGUCCGCGCAGCUCACUCGGCUCUACUGAACGGAGAAGGACCGGUACAAAUUGAUCAGCCAGCUCCCACGGACCUCAGUCGACGAGCACCCGACGAAGUGCCUCCUGUCAAACGUCCUCGCUCCGGAUCUGGCACACCACAAACAACUCUAUCGCCUAGUACACUUCUUUGCAAUCAAUGCGAUGCUGCUCUACCAGAUUUUGAAGCAUUUCGUGCUCAUUUGAAAGGUCAUCUUGAAGAAGGUGGUGAACUAGGUCGGUCCAGCCCAGCUCCUUGCGUUCACUGUGGAGCUACCUUCGCAGACGCUGCAGCCUCUGAGCGCCACCUCACAGCACAUUAUCUGGCAGUAUCCUGCGAGUACACUUGUCAUAGUUGCGCUCGGAGUUUUUCUGCGCCUGAUGAUCUACAGAAACAUCUCCUCGAACUGCACGCGCACCACCUCUACAGAUGCGCUCUUUGCAAGGAGAUUUUCGAUUCGAAAGUUGCGAUUCAGGUACACUUUGCCGUGGCACAUAGUGGGGAAAACAAAGUUUGGGUUUGCCGGUCUUGCGGCGCGGGCGCAGGUGCACUGCGCUCGGAGGCAGAGGGCGCGGCGCACGUGCGCACUCGCCACGCCGCCGCGGCUCCGCGCUGCGCGUGCGGCGCCUUGCUCGGCAGUGGAGUGGCGUCCAGAACGCCAAGACCGCAUCGGGCUUAUCGCUGCCCUGUGCCCGCCUGCAAUGACGCUUUUGCCGUACAGUAUCUGCUUGAAAGACACAUGCAGGCACAUCAUGCAAUGCAGCAGCAGGUCCUAAAUGGAGAAAUGACUAGGACAAAAAGAAUGGACAGCAACAACGACGGCGAGGCGGGUGAUGACGCCCGAUCGCCUUGCACUCCUGGGACGGACAACAGCGGUGUGACUACAGCGGUGGUGGCAGCAAGUGAGGAGCGACGCCGCAAGAACGGUGCCGUGGCGCUGCAGUGCGCCUACUGCGGCGAGCGCACGCGCAGCCGCGCCGAGCUCGAGGCGCACACGCGCGCGCACUCCGGCGCCGCCGCCGCCAGGCACAAGUGUCUCAUCUGCGACGAAGUGCUGCCUUCUGCUGCCGUGCUCGCUGAGCACAAACUUACGCAUUGCAAGGUGGUAUCUGGCGACACAUGUUCUCGUUGUCGUGCUCGGCUGCUAUCCGAAGAAUCGUUCCUGAGUCACAUGGCGCGGCACCACCCAGCACUGCCGGCACCCUGUGUGGUUUGCCGACAGACGCUAGCAUCAGAAGCCGAGGCACGACUGCAUGCGAGGUUCCACCUGAGGCCAGGAGAGGAUGAACAGAGGUGUGCGAUUUGUCUUCGAGCGCUACCGGAGGGCGAGGCAGGCGAAGGAGCCCGCGCAUGCUCGGCUUGCUAUGCGCGUCACGCCGCCCCUCGCCCCCCACCACCCGCGGAUCAUGACUGCCGUCUGUGCCGAAGAGCACUCGGCUCCCCAACACGACUACAAGCGCAUCUAAUUGAACACACCUUUGCUGGCAUCGGCGCGUUCACCUGCUACCUAUGUUCGGCCGUGUUUACAAGCGCGGCAGGAUUGCAGCGCCAUUUACCCGAGCAUUCCUCCGCACCGCGACCUUACGAUUGUGCUCGCUGUGGACUCAAGUUCUUCUUCCGAGCAGAGCUAGAUAAUCAUGCGUUCGUUCAUCUUGAAGAGGCUGAAAUAGCUCAGCGAGCAUUUUAUGAAGCGUACGCCCGAGGCGCUGCUACUGCGUGGGCAGCUUUGGCACCACCGGAGCCUCGAACGACUCCGCCGCAAGCUGAGGUCAAGCGAGAACCGGAGAUAAAAGAGGAGCGAGGCACGGACGAGUAUAUUGAGGUGUCAUCACCUCCUCCCGCGCCUCCGCCGCCCGCACCCCCUGCACCGCCGUCGCCCGCACCCGUAGUGAAGCAAGAGAAACCCGACGAGGAGUAACUCGGAGCUGCCUCGAUUCGCAGUGAAUGUGUCGUCCCUGACGCGGGCAUGGAUCCCGCUGCAAUACUAGAUUACGUCCGUACGAGCUAUUUUUAAGUGUUUAGUUUCGUUAAAUGUUAGUCGUUAAAGUUUUGCGUUCAGAACGCUGUAAUUCCUGUAAGUAGUCCGUAGGUACCUAUCGUUUAUGUUGGCUAGGAGUAUGUUUUAUAAUGUUUACAUGGCUAUUUGUAUAAACUGUUAACUUAAUAUAUUGUGUUAAGCUUCAA